AUGCUUUUGUCAUUUGCGCUUGAGUUCGCCUUUACCGGCUCCGUGCGGCUUCAAAAGACAAAGCCGUUGAAGGUUUGGUCUCAGGUACGACCAGCUCUCCAGAACCUCUUCGUGGCUGCACUGUCGCGCGGUCAGGCCGCUUUGCCCGGAGGAUCAACUUCCGAGGAGAUCUUGGGGAAACUGGCCCAAGACAUUGCUGCUGAAGGUGCGACCUCUCUGCGGUCUCUCGGCAGUACGCCAAGAUCCAGCCAUGAUGGUGCCACUCAGGGCGCAGAUGUGUUGCGCAAUCCGACGGCCUGUCAGGAAUGCAUGAGCUUUCUGAUGACAAACAGGGAGAAAGACAUUCGUAAGCAGCCGGCCUACUUUGCGUGCAUGAGCAAACUGCGCACUGCCUUGUGCCAGUGCCCUCAAUCACCAGAUGAGUGGGAUGCAUCGACAACGUGUUCCUUCCAUGAUUCGUUGCACACUGUGGCUGACUUGACGUGGGCAAUUUCCACGAUCAUGGAGCAGGAGUCAGUAAUCCCUGCGUCGGCUCCAGCAGUCGGUGCGGCGGGUUUGCAGUUGGUCAUGAAGGUGCAAGAGCAGGCUGAAAAGGAAAAGGUUGAAAGUGCCCAGGCGACGGGCGACAUGCUGCAAAGCGCCAUCGUGAAGGAAGGCCGCUUCCUCUUGGAGAAGCAGGGGGAGGGUUCCGCUGACGAUGGAGAAACGAAGUGGGCUUUGAAUGGAAGCCUUGUCGAGAGCUUGCUGACUGUGCGGGCGAAAUACGUGCUGUCCACGAUGCUGGGUUUGAUUGUCAAGCCUCAGUUUGAGCCCUCGGCGGCGAAACCCAAAUUGGUAGAAUUCGAGGAUUUGGAUGCUCAACAAACAGAAUGGCUUUAUGAUCUGUUGGUGUACAUGUGCAAAAGCGGCGAAUUCACGGAUGCUCACGCUUUCAUCUUGGAGCUGGAGUCCCGCUACAUGCUCCAGACUCCGGGCGAUGCGGACAUGAAGACGUGGUCCUCUAUGUGGACUGAAGUCAUUGAGAGGGCCCUUGCUGCCCGCAACAAGCAUGUGAAGACCAAGGGCAAGGACGAGACUGUUGAGCUGGGCAAGACGCUGCCUGCCAGCAAGAUGGUAAUCAACAAGAGCUUCUUCAAGGAAGCAUCGUUGGCAGCAGCGGCUGCUGGGUCGGCGGAGCCCGGCGAGGUCAAGGUGGAGGACAGCGGCCACCCCUCCGAGCAGUCCGAGCAGAGUCAACAGGAAGUCCAACCAGCGGUGCCUUACUUUCAGUCGAUCUACACGGCGACUGCUCAGCAGGGCACAAUCCACACGUUGGAUGUUCUUGCAGUGCAAACACAGGUUCAAAACACUUUGUUCAUGCGAGCAGGGUGCAGUUCAUCCAAGAAGCUGCUGGAGGGAAUGUACUCGGAUUCCCGCAGCUCUGCCGUCAUAGCGGCGACGUCUCUCUCGAAAGAGUUGGCAGGAGAGCGGAUCUUUGCAUUCGGCAGCGUCAGCACAGAGCAAGGCCCCAAAUCCGUGAAGGUGGCUUCGGCAACGUUUGGCAACGGCGGCAACGGGAUCACGAUGCACUACUUUAUGUCUGCAGAGGGCUUCCAAAAGCUGACUUCGCUGUGUCCUUGCCCGGUAUGGUUUGUCAAGGCUGUCGCCGAUGCAAAAAAAGCUCUUUUCGUGAGCUCGGAGCUUGAGGAGACCAUGGAGUGUUCCGAUGCGCAUGGUGGCAAGGUUACUGUUCACCUGCGGGUGCCCUACAUUGCGAUUCGCGAAGAGGCGGUGUUGAGCUUGAUCCAGAAAGAGGCCGUGCAACCGCAGGGAGAGCUGUACUGCACGCGCACGUACUUCCCAAAUGAGAAGGCUACAACCGGUAAGAAGCAAUCCGUCCAACCGCAAGUGGCAUUGGGUGGAUUGUGCUUCAGAAAGCAAGAGGGUCAAGAAGGCGGCAUGCUCAAGGUUGAAAAGCAUGACGACAUGCUGUUGGUGCAUCCUGGAAAUCACCCGAAGCAUUGCAGCCAUCUCCUGAAGUGA